UUUCGUGAGGAGGCGCCUCACGGGUGCAUAUGUGAAAAGGUUUUUGUUGAACUGCUGACCGGUAAUUGGGACUGUGACCCCAUGGAAGUAGUGAGGACCUUCGCCGUCCCUCAAGGUACCAAGACGACAGGGCAAAGUGAGGUGUUUUACGUGGACUGGAGACGAUUCGUCGUCGCAGCUGUUUUGAGGGGACUGAACCUAUCCAGUGAUCAAAUUUGGGUAGGUCUGCACGUCCUCUGGAGCUUUUCGUACAAAAUCGCCAAGUCGACGCUUGUUGGGCUCUGCGUGUCAAGAGAAGAUGUUAAGAACAUCAUCUACAGUGAAGGCUUCGAGUUGGAGUCCAGAGGGUGCGAUCUACUCAUCGGGCUUUUCGAGAUGUCUGAGGAGGAAGAACGAAUGGUUAAAAUGGACGAUUUGGUUUUUUUCCUCUCUGCCUCCGGUUGCUCCUCACCAUUUGACAGCCUCGUGAGAAGCCUAGCCGCCUUGGAGAACCCCACGCUGCCACUUCCAACACCACAAGCCACUCAGGUCCUUCAUGAGUGA